CUCUUUUGCUCCGACUACUACAUAGCAGUAAAUUACUAGUUCACUGGUCUGUGGUUGCAGAAGUGAGACCUCCUCUCGUCCAUUUUGUCCACUUCCCUAUCCCCUCGUCGCAUUAAAUAUUCCUUUCUGCACUUCUGCACCCUGCAUUGCAGCACACACGUCGGGUAUUUGUAUCACAUCACCUUACCAGGUCCUACGAAGCAUUAUUAUUCUAUUAUUAUAUUCUGUUCUAUAUCCCUGUCUCGGCUUUGACCUCACCACGCGCGAGACAUCCUGGAGAUCGACUCGCCGACCAACCGACACCGACCCUUCCUGGCGCCCCCGACCCGGCGUCAUCGUCAUGAAAUUCGGCCAACAGCUCCGGUCGAGUAUCAUCCGCGAGUACCAAUGGUACUACAUCGACUACAAUGGGCUCAAGGAUGAGCUCAAAUCUGCCUCGGGCGACGUGGUCCCCGUAACAACCCCCGACGCCAAGGCCAACGCCGACGACCCCAAGGGCAAGGCCGCCGCGACCCAGCCCACCGAACGCCGCCGCGAAUGGACCGAAGACGACGAGACCCGGUUCGUGAAGAAGCUCGAGAUGGAGCUCGACAAGGUGCACACGAAACAGCAGGUGAAGGCCAGGGAGAUUACGAGGCGCAUCGUCGUCAGCGAGAAGGAGGUCGAGAGCGUCGUCAACCGGCUCAACGAGCGGGGGCCCCAGGAGCCGGGGCCCAGCGAGGAGGAGUUUAUCCUGCUCGAGGAGGUCCUCAGUGAUAUCAUCGCCGAUGUCCACGACCUUUCCAAGUUUGUCCAGCUCAAUUAUACCGGGUUCUACAAGAUUAUCAAAAAACACGACAAAAUGACCAACUGGCACUUGAAACCAGCCUUCGAUGCGCGACUCAAAGCGAAGCCCUUCUACAAAGAAAACUACGACGCCUCGGUCGUCCAGCUGUCGAAACUCUACAACCUCGUCCGGACACGCGGUAACCCGGUAAAGGGAGACAGUGCCGCCGGCGGAUCCCAGGGCAGCUUCGUCCGCAACACGACCAAGUACUGGGUCCACCCGGACAACGUCACCGAGCUCAAGCUCGUCAUCCUCAAGCACCUGCCCGUGCUGGUCUUCAACGCCAGCAAGGAGUUCGAGCCCGAGGACUCGGCCAUCACUUCCAUCUACUACGACAACCCGGACACCUGGGAGCUGUACGAGGGCCGUCUCAAAAAGUCCGAGGGCGCCGAGGCCAUCCGCCUGCGCUGGUACGGUGGCAUGCAGAGCGAGAACAUCUUCGUCGAGCGCAAGACCCACCGCGAAGACUGGACCGGCGAGAAGUCGGUCAAGGCGCGCUUCUCCCUCAAGGAGAAGAACGUCAACGCCUACAUGCGCGGCGAGCUCCUCCCCGCCGCCAUCUUCGAAAAGGCGCGGAAGGAGGGCAAGAAGCCCAAGAAGCAGAUCGACGAGGACGAGCGCCUCGCCGCCGAGGUCCAGUACUCCGUCCUCAAGCACGGGUACAGGCCCGUCUGUCGGUCCUUCUACAACCGUACGGCCUUCCAGCUGCCGGCCGAUGCGCGGGUCCGCAUCUCCCUCGAUACCGAGCUGACCAUGAUCCGCGAGGACAACCUCGACGGGGUCCGACGCUCCGGCGACAACUGGAGGCGCAUGGACAUCGGCGUCGACUACCCGUUCUCCCAGCUCCCGCCCAAGGACGUGGCGCGCUUCCCCUACGCCAUCCUGGAAGUCAAACUCCAGACCCAGCUGGGACAGGAGCCGCCCGAGUGGGUGCGUCAGCUCAUCUCGAGCCACCUCGUCGAGGCCGUGCCCAAGUUUUCCAAGUUCAUCCACGGCGUGGCGUGCCUGUUCCCCGGACGUAUCCAUCUGCUCCCCUUCUGGAUGCCCCAGAUGGACGUGGACAUUCGGAAACCCGUUAGCCACGACUUUGGUAUCCAGCACCGGCUGGAGCAUUCGACGACCACUACGACUUCAGACGAGGAGGAGGAGGAGGAGGAGGACGACGACGACUACGACUCCGACAAGGACGAUUUCCCCCGGCCUGCAGCACCUGCAGCAGCAGCAGCAGCAGCAGGGGCCCGUAGCAUUGCAACCGAGGGUGAACCAUCCGCCGCAGCUCCCGGAGCGACGGGCAGACGCGGAGACGGCGCUCUCGACGUCGAAGACCAGACCACGACAGACGCCAUCGCGGCAGCAGCGGCGACGACAUCAAACGGGGACUACAUCUACUACUCGGACGACGAGUACGACGACAACGACCGGCUCGAAGAGGCGAGGCGGCUGGGCGGCUGGACGUACUACUCCACCCUCGCCAGCGUCAAGGGGUCGGAGUUUGCGCACCAUACCCUGGAAGCCCUCCAGUGGCUGGUCCCCUACCCGCGGGCCGAGCGCAUCCCGCGACGCGAGGCGCAGGAACGGCUUUUCGGCCCGGGCGAGGUGCAGACCAAGAAGUUCAAGGCACCGCCCGGCACGAAGAUCUACGUGCCCGUGCGGGUUGAGCCCAAGGUGUACUUUGCGGCGGAGAGGACGUUCCUGGGAUGGCUCGAAUACUCUAUUUACGUGGGCGCGGUAGCCGUGACGCUCCUCAACUUCAGCGCGAGCCCGACCAGCGCCUCCUUCAUCGUCGCCGGCAUCUUCACCCUCCUCGCCGUCCUCUCCAUUUGUUACUCCGUCGCCAUUUACCUGUACCGCAGCGCCGCCAUCCGCAACCGCCGGAACGUCAAGUACUACGACCGCUGGGGGCCGAGCGCCCUCUGCGCCGCCCUUUUCGUGUCUGUCAUUAUCAAUUUCGUUGUCGAGGGGCGGAGUCGGGAGUAUUGGUGAGGGAAAGCAAGCAGGGGCAGAAAAGAGAGGAAAAAGAAGAAGAAAAAACCCCAUAGAGAUCGAUGCAUGGAUCGGAGCAAUUCGGUUUGUUGUAUGAGGUGUUUUGGUUCUCAUGAGUUGGUGGAAUCUGGAAAUCGAUCUUGGAGUUGCAUCUGUAAAUCACGAAUCUCCCUUUCCGUUACGAACAUGAGCAUCACAUCGUC